CUCGGGCAGCCAUGAGUUUGGAAGCGAUCCGCUAUCGCAGGGGCUCCCUGCAAAUCCUCAACCAGCUCCUGCUGCCUCAGCAGAGCCUCUACGAGGAAAUCGGCAGCGUCCAGCAGGGCUGGGAGGCCAUCCGGGCCAUGAAGGUGCUGCAGUCGGGAUGGGGAGGAGCGCCUCUGCCUGCUUGGGUCUGGUUCCGGAAGAAUCUAGGGAGGUGCGAGGUGCUCCAGCCAUUGCCAUUGUAGGCUGUCUGAGUCUGGCAGUGGAGCUGUAUCAUAAAGGAAACUGGGAACAGAGCAUGAGCAAACUGGAGAACUUUGUGUUAGAUUCGCUGAAUUACCUUGUGAGUGCCAGACCUACUGCGGUCAACAUGGCCCGGGCAGCUCAGGAGCUGGGCCACUUUGUCCACCAGGAGGCCAAGCGUGACGGCGCUACGGCAGAAAGACUGCAAGAAAGUGUGAUCAGCUGGGCAGAAGCCAUGUUGGAUAAAGACCUGAAAGAUAACAGGAGCAUCGGGGAACAUGGGGCACGUCACCUCCUGCAGCAGGCGGGGCAGGACAAGGUGAUAGUCCUGACCCACUGCAACACAGGCUCCUUGGCCACUGCUGGCUAUGGCACUGCACUUGGCGUUAUUCGCUCCCUGCAUGCCAUGGGCCGUCUGGAACAUGUCUAUUGCACAGAGACACGGCCAUACAAUCAGGGAGCCCGGCUUACUGCUUACGAGCUAGUGUAUGAACAGAUCCCUGCUACCCUCAUUGCUGACAGCAUGGCAUCUUUCACCAUGAAGGAAAAACAGGUUUCAGCCGUCUUCGUGGGAGCAGACAGGGUUGUUGCCAAUGGAGACACUGCCAACAAAGUCGGUACCUAUCAGUUGGCUAUUGCUGCAAAACACCAUGGGAUUCCCUUCUAUGUAGCCGCACCAAGCAGCUCAUGUGACCUGAGCUUGGAACACGGAGGGCAAAUUGUUAUUGAGGAGCGGCCUAGCCAAGAGCUGACGGAUAUCAAUGGUGUGCGGGUUGCAGCACCAGGCAUUGGUGUUUGGAAUCCAGCCUUUGAUGUCACCCCUCAUGACCUAUUAACUGGCGGCAUAGUUACCGAAUUUGGCGUCUUUGCCCCUGCUGAACUUCAAGUGGCCCUGACACAGGCAAUGAGCAAAAAAUGAAGAUGUUGAGCUAAGGUCCUCUUGGAUUUGCUCAGCAAAAGUGUGCACCUGGAAGAUUUUAACUCCUGCACUAUAUAAGGACUUGACAGGAUGUGCUUCAACCCCCCCAUCUCUUUCUUUCUGUUCGUACAUCGUUAAGGAAUGCCUGUUACUUUCUCCCUAAAUCUGUUGUUAAAUGUUUGUUGGAGCAAACUAAAGAAUAAGCACACAGUGUGUGUGUGUGUGUGUGUGUGUGUGUGUGUGUGUGUGAGAGAGAGAGAGAGAGAGAGAGAGAGAGAGAGAGAGAGAGAGAGAGAGAGAAUGCUACAGAGCUAACAACUAGGUCAGAUCUCCCUCUUUAAAAAAAAUCCAAUUCCUAUCUAAUGUCUAGUUCCUUAGGCAUUCUAUAAAUACAUAUUACUGUAUUGUUAUCUAGCCCCUAGGAACAUAGGAAGCUGCCAUAUACCAAGUCAGACCACUGGCCCAUCUAGCUUAGUAUUGUCUACACAGACUGGCAGCAGCUUUUCCAAGGUUGCAGGCAUAGGAACAUAGGAAACUGCCAUAUACUGAGUCAGACCAUUGGUCUAUCUAGCUCAGUAUUGUCUUCAUAGACUGGCAGCGGCUUCUCCAAGGUUGCAGGCCGGAAUCUCUCUCAGCCCUAUCUUGGAGAAGCCAGGGAGGGAACUUGAAACCUUCUGCUCUUCCCAGAGCAGCUUCAUCUCCUGAGGGGAAUGUUUUGCAGUGCUCACACAUCAAGUCUCUCAUUCAGAUGCAACCAGGGCAGACCCUGCUUAGCUAUGGGGACAAGUCAUGCUCGCUACCACAAGACCAGCUCUCCUCUCCUCCAGGCAGGAGUCUCUGCCCUAUCUUGGAGAUGUCAGGGAGGGAACUUGGAACCUUCUCUAUGCAUGCAUGCAGGUGCUCUUCCCGGAGCAGCCCCACCCUCUAAGGACAAUAUAUUGCAGUGUUCACACACGUAGUCUCCCAUUCAAAUGCAACCAGGGCAGACCCUGCAUGGCAAAAGGGACAAUUCAUGCUUGCUACCACAAGACCAGUUCUCCAUUCACCUGAGCCAUUAGUGACUCUACUGCCUGGGACAAUUCUGCAAAGCUCUGUAGGAACAACAUAUAAGAGUUUGAUUUUUCUUUUUUCUGCCAGCUGCCCUCCAGGCAGAAUUUGUUUUAUUUCAGUAUCUUUAAAGGUGCUGGUGUUUCAUUGAAUGAAAUACAUGGCAGUCCUAUUUGCACAUAAAGCAAAUUCAUGUAUGUUGAAUUGAAGCUAAAUAUAGUUGCCUUUGUUUUCUGCUCAGGCUUUCAUAUGUCCUCUACUUGCUUCACAGGGGAUCUUGCUAAUAUAGACUUCCUUUGAUAUAAUGUGAAACUGUAUGAAUGCUGGUUUCUAGUAUUUUUAAUGAGAGGAGAAAGCUGGAGUAGUGGGAUGCAAGUGUGGGAUUUUGAAAAAACCUGUCUCCCGCCAAUUGCUCACCUUUUGCAGUAAGAAAAAUCCAAGGUUUGCUUUUCUGAAUCAGACCAGAGAUUCAGUUAAUCUGGCAGUCUAUCUUCAGUAUUAGCAAACCAGCUCCUGGGAAGCUCACAGUCAGGGAAUGACGGAAGACAACCACCCACACUGCUUUAUUGGUAAGCUAAUUGGGGAGAAAUGGCCUCCUAGCAAAUACAGAGGAUAUGUGUAUUGAAUUAAUUGUCCAAAACCAUUUUUCCCCCUUGGGCACAUAAAUCUUUUGGUAAAAGAUUUCUGCCAUUUAUAUUAAUACUGCUAGGUCAAAAUGUUUCCUUCAAAAUAAGUUACAUAUUGAUUGGAAUGGGGCUUUAUGAUAUUGAUCCACUAAGGCUUUGGAUGGCCUCAUUCAAUCAUUCCCUACUGAUUGUUUUAACUCAUACUGCCCUCUAUAUCAGUGUCUUGCUGGAUUCGACUCAGGAAAACUAUUGCAGCAUUCCUGUUCUCGAUACCCUAAUCUUGAAUAAAUUGUAGCCCUAUUCAUAUGUGAUGCACAACACACAUACAGUCUGUGUACACUACAUGCACAUGCAGAACUGUGCAUGUGUACAUGCCUUAUGUCCAACGCACAUUAGUCUGCUUCCUACCUGUGCCCUGCAUUUGAUGGGGCCUAUACCUCAACCCCUAAAUAUGUGUCUAUUUUCCCAUUCACCUGAAUGGUAAAAUAGGGACACGUUGGCAGGUAUGCCUGUACCCAGGUUUACUUCUAAAAGGAACACAUGUACAAUCAUUCUCACAAAAAGCAUGCACAUGUGUACAUAUACCUGUAUCCAACUGCAAGCACAAUGUAAUGUCUGAAGAGGGCUUAUAUGGAAGUUCCAUUGCUUAUAACUUUAUUGCAGAUGUGGCACUAGAGGUGAGAUUGGGAAUACAGCCUUCCUCACUCACAGUUUUCACUUCCUUUCAAUGGGACUUACUUUCAAAUAAUUCAUUUGGGACAAAACCUGAGAAUACCUAUAUGGAUACAAAUUUCUCUUUUUCCAGGCAACCCUUAGCUCCUACACAGCUAUAUAAUAACUUGCUAGCUCUUCAUACGCACCAACAGUUUCCCGCAAGGGAUCCAGAAUGACUGAUUGGAGGACCACUGGUUCAUAAUUUGUCCUGUCCACCUUUUGAUUGACAUAUGAACCAUACCAUGACUAAACACCUUCAUUAGGUGCUGCUUUGGCCUGGAACUGGUAAAGUGUAGUGGGGAAAUGGGAAUUAAGUCAUCAGUUCACAUCACACUUCUGCCAUGGACUCUCUAAAUUGCCUUAAUAAAGCCUUCAAAGGAAGGCAACCUUUGGAUACAACCCACCACCUUUCAACUUCAGAAACUGCUAUAAAAUAGCAAUGCUGCCUUACUUAAUAAGUAAUUUGUAAUAAUUAUUAAAAUGUAUGCAAACUGAUCUGAACACUUUAAUAUGCUAUACAAACAUGUAGUAGCAAUAUUGGCUUUGGUCACAUUAUACUCAUUAAAAAAGACAAAAGACAUUAGACCGGCUUCUCUGUAUUUCCCUCCGAAUAUGGUUGUACCUUGCAACUCUGCAGAGAUCUAGGACUAUUUUUAGUAUGCAAGGUGUGCGUCUCUGUGCAAGGUGGUUGCUGUUAUCUUAAAUCUAUCCUUUAAAGUAUUGUAAAAUAGUAUAUGUGUUUUUAUUCUUUUGCUUUUUGUUUUGUAAAAUCUGGGGGCUGGCUGACCAACUUCGUGCUAGACAGUUAUGGUAAGGCACAUGCUGUUUGACAUUUUAGAGGCAAAAACAGUGUAAGAUUCCUGCAGCUAAUAGGAAUAUGCCACAGCUUGUUCCAAAUCAUGAAUAUUUAUUUUCCUUGAACAGCUGCUAAAUUGCUCUGUGGAAGGUCUUGCAUAUUGUAAUUAAACAAUUAAAAAAAAAUAAAGGAUUAACAGUACAA